GGACCUGGGGUUAGAGGAGUUGCGGGGUUCUCGGGAUGCUGGCUCACGGUUCCUGGGGGGCUGACCUGCCCCCUCCCCAAAUCCCGCGGUGGUGGACUGCCCGCAUGUUGCGGGCUCAGCUUUUACCUUUAACAUGUCAUUUAGACCUCUUCAUUCCUCCAGUAUCCUACUUAGAAGUGACAUAUGGGAAGCCCGCCUCGUUUCCAGGCUGCUGGGGUCGCCCCGGGACCCUACUCUGCGGACCCCGCCUUGGUCACCCUGGCGUCACGCCUGGCUCACAGAGGACCAUGUCGGUAGACUUCGGCAGUGUGGCACUACCACUGCAGAAUGAAGAUGAGGAGUAUGACGAAGAGGACUGUGAAAGAGAGAAAGAGUUGCAGCAGUUACUCACAGACCUUCCCCAUGACAUGCUGGAUGACGACCUCUCCUCUCCGGAGCUCCAGUAUUCGGACUGCAGCGAGGAUGGCACAGACGGACAACCACAUCAUCCUGAGCAAUUGGAGAUGAGCUGGAAUGAGCAAAUGCUGCCCAAAUCUCAAAGUGUAAAUGACUAUAAUGAAAUUCAGAGUUUAUAUGCUGGAGAAAAAUGUGGCAAUGUCUGGGAAGAAAAUAGAAGUAAAACUGAAGACCGACAUCCUGUGUACCAUCCUGAAGAAGGCGGAGAUGAAGGUGGAAGUGGUUAUAGUCCGCCAAGUAAAUGUGAACACACUGAUUUAUAUCACCUUCCUGAAAACUUUAGGCCAUAUACCAAUGGUCAGAAGCAGGAAUUUAAUAACCAACCAACCAAUGUAAUUAAAAUUUCAGAUCCUCAGUGGAACCAUUUUCAGGGUCCCAGUUGUCAAGGUUUGGAACCGUAUAAUAAAGUGACAUACAAACCUUAUCAGUCUUCUGCCCAGAAUAAUGGCUCACCAGCCCAGGAGAUAACAGGAAGUGACACAUUCGAAGGCCUGCAACAACAAUUUUUAGGAGCUAAUGAGAACUCUGCAGAAAAUAUGCAGAUUAUUCAACUUCAGGUUCUUAACAAAGCAAAAGAGAGACAACUGGAGAACUUACUUGAAAAGUUAAAUGAAAGUGAACGUCAAAUUCGAUAUCUGAAUCACCAGCUUGUAAUAAUAAAAGAUGAAAAGGAUGGUUUGACUCUCAGCCUUCGAGAAUCACAGAAACUCUUUCAGAAUGGAAAAGAAAGAGAGAUACAGCUUGAAGCUCAAAUAAAAGCACUGGAGACUCAAAUACAAGCAUUAAAAGUCAAUGAAGAACAGAUGAUCAAGAAGUCCAGAACAACUGAAAUGGCUCUGGAAAGCUUGAAGCAGCAGCUGGUGGACCUUCAUCAUUCUGAAUCACUUCAACGAGCUAGAGAACAGCAUGAGAGCAUUGUUAUGGGCCUCACAAAGAAGUACGAAGAGCAAAUAUUGUCCUUACGAAAGAAUUUGGAUGCCACAGCCACCGCACUUAAAGAACAGGAAGACAUUUGCUGUCGUUUGAAAGAUCAUGUGAAACAACUGGAAAGGAAUCAAGAAGCAAUCAAGUUAGAAAAGACUGAGAUCAUUAAUAGGUUGACAAGAAGUCUAGAGGAGAGUCAAAAGCAGUGUGCCCACUUGUUGCAGUCCGGGUCAGUACAAGAGGUGGCUCAGCUACAGUUCCAGCUGCAGCAAGCACAGAAGGCACAUGCUAUGAGUGAAAACAUGAACAAGGCUUUGCAAGAAGAAUUAACGGAACUAAAAGAUGAAAUUUCUCUCUAUGAAUCUGCUGCAAAACUAGGAAUACAUCCAAGUGACUCAGAAGGAGAAUUAAAUAUAGAACUCACUGAAUCAUAUGUGGAUUUGGGUAUUAAAAAGGUCAACUGGAAAAAAUCCAAAGUUACCAGCAUUGUACAACAAGAAGACCCAAAUGAAGAGCUUUCAAAAGAUGAGUUCAUUCUGAAGUUAAAGGCAGAAGUACAGCGUUUGCUGGGUAGCAACUCAAUGAAGCGUCGUCUGGUGUCUCAGUUACAAAAUGACCUCAAAGACUGUCAUAAGAAAAUUGAAGAUCUCCACCAAGUGAAGAAGGAUGAAAAAAGCAUUGAGGUUGAGACUAACACAGAUACCUCAGAAAAACCAAAGCAUCAAUUAUGGCCUGAGUCUUCUACUUCUGAUAUUGUCAGAGAUGAUAUUCUGCUGCUUAAAAAUGAAAUUCAAGUUUUACAACAACAAAAUCAGGAGCUUAAAGAAACUGAAGAAAAACUGAGAAAUACAAAUCAAGACUUAUGUAAUCAAAUGAGACAAAUGGUACAAGAUUUUGACCAUGACAAACAAGAAGCUGUGGAUAGGUGUGAGAAGACUUAUCAGCAGCACCAUGAAGCCGUGAAAACUCAAAUACGUGAAAGCCUAUUAGCAAAGCAUGCUUUGGAGAAGCAGCAGCUCUUUGAGGCUUAUGAGAGAACUCAUUUGCAACUGAGGUCUGAGUUGGAUAAGUUGAAUAAGGAGAUGACUGCUGUGCAGGAAUGUUACCUAGAAGUGUGCAGAGAGAAGGAUAAUCUAGAAUCGACUCUCAGGAAGACCAUUGAAAAGGAGCAACAGACUCAGGAGAAGAGUAGGAAUUUGAAUGUUGGUCUCGUGAUAGGGAAAGUGAUGAUGCGGAGGAUAUGGACAGCAAGGUCAGCAUCUUCGUAUGACCUCCUUCAGGGAAGCUGGAGGGGCUAGAGUAGAUUCUCCAACUCUGCCUGAUUCUUCUGAGUCACCCUUGAUCAAAGAAAAACUCAUUCAACAGCUUGAAAAGGAGUGGCAGUCUAAGCUGGAUCAAACUAUAAAGGCAGUGAAAAAGAAGACCUCAGAUUGUGGCAGCCAAACUGACCAAGUAACCACCAGUGAUGUUAUUUCCAAGAAAGAGAUGG